UUCGUUUUAAUGCGGCGCCUUCCAUCCUGUCCUAGCAGACAAGGAGGAAACAGAUGAGCUGUUCGCUCCGCUAAGGUUGCUGUGUGUCUGUUGAAGUCCUCCGGAUGACAGCAAAUUAAAAAACAAAAUACCUGAAGGAGCGAGUUUUAGAGAUGCAGUGAUGCUUUUAACCUCCACACAGUGAGUCCGCAUCAACGACACCAGCCUCGCUUCCAGGUCCAAUGACCCUCCACCUCUGACUCUUUCCUAACGUUGACCAGUGGGCGGGGCCGGCCCUGCCCAGGGGCCGUGGUUAGCGAUGGACAGCCAAGGCGGCAGCGACAGCAUCGAUUCGCAGCUGCCUGUCAGAAGGCUCACGGGGUCUGUCAACUCCACAGCCAUCUCCGUGAGGGUGGAAGCAUAUGAAGUCGGAGAGAAGAAAUGCAUCUCAGAUGUGAGGAGGACCUUCUGCCUCUUCGUCACCUUUGACCUCUUGUUCAUCACAAUGCUCUGGAUCAUAGAACUCAAUGUAAACGGCGGCAUUCAGAAUCAGCUGGAAAAAGAGGUCCUGCACUACGACUACCACGCCUCCUUCUUCGACAUUUUUCUGCUGGCAGUCUUCAGGUUCGCCGUCCUCAUCCUGGCCUACGCCGUCUGUAAGCUUCGUCACUGGUGGGCCAUCGCGAUCACCACCGCAGUCAGCUGCGCCUUCCUGAUUGCUAAAGUCAUUUUAUCAAAGCUGCUGUCUCAGGGGGCCUUUGGGUACCUGCUGCCCAUCAUCUCCUUCGUGUUGGCCUGGAUAGAAACGUGGCUGCUCGACUUCAAGGUCCUGCCUCAGGAGGCCGAAGACGAAAACAGACAUCAGUCCGUCAUGGAUGCCACACAGAGGGCUCCUCUCAUGGGUCCGGGUCCUUUAUCUGAUGGACAGUUCUACUCCCCGCCGGAGUCUUUGGCAGACUCUGAUGAGGAACUGGAUGAUAAACAUGAAUGUGAAAAAGGGCUCAUCACAAAAGUGGCUUAACAGGAUCUGUGCUUCUGAAGAUGGAGGGAUUUUUCUUUCCUCCUGCUCCCGUUGUGCUACUGAGGGGGAAACUUCUGCCUUACACCUUCAGCCAUUUUAGUUUGUAUUUGUUCAUAUCCACGAAUGCCACGCUCUGAUAUCAGCCUUCUGCAGGUACUCUGGAGGUCCUUAUCAGUAUCCAGCCAUAAUUCAAACUAUUAUGGACAUUUUAAAACUUUUAAUUAUUCAUUUUUGAUUUUUUUUUUUUUUUAAUGGGUAUUAAUGUCUUUUUUUCAGCAUAACGUUUACUUAAAUCAUUUUCUCAUGUUUGGGUUGAGUCACUGCAAAGGAAAAUGAGCUCUUGGACUCCACACAAAGGAUUGUUUGGCCAGUAUUGAGCUUACAGACCAGAUUGUAGCAAAAGGAGACAAAGUCAAACUCUUAAAAUUGUUCAUGAUUACUUCAAUGUCUUAAAAGUUUGCAUGGAAUAACAUUAUAACAGAUCGAGAUCCAAACGAUACAUUUUCUUUCAAAAGAGAUUGAAGAGUUGUAUUUUAAAACGAGCCAUAAAUCUGCAGCAUUUACACGUGAAGAUUUGGGUUUAGUGAACGCUGCUCUUUAAAAGCUGCUGACGGCGAGAGAAGAGUUGAAAUGGAAGUGUAGAUAUCUUUAUGCAUGCUUUGCAAGCCCAGUGGUAUUUUUUUUUUCAUUAAAAGCCUGUAUAACAAUCAUUAAAAUGUUAAAGGUUG